AUGAUUGGGGUCAGAACUGCAACACUUGUUGUAGUAUUUGCAAUUUACUACUACUAUGCUACAUGGGUAAUUCAGGGAAAUGACGACGCUGUACGGCCAAACAACUCGGUAAUAGAAGAAGAAGCUCUAGAUACUUAUAAUCCCUUGGCCAAGAAUCAGCCUAAACUAGGAUCGAAUUCAUACCUUGUUAAGAAAUUCCCCCCACGAAAUUUGGAACAGAUUGGAAAAGAAAAUGCUACAAUGGUAAUGCUUGUUAGAAAUUUUGAGGUUGAAGGUGCGUUAGCUUCAAUGAGGUCUUUAGAAGAUAGGUUCAAUCGAGAAUACAAGUACCCGUGGGUAUUCUUGAAUGAUGAACCGUUUGACCAUGAGUUUAUCGAAAGGACUAGUCUUAUGGCUAGUGGUAAAACGUAUUAUGAACUUAUCCCCAAGGAGGAUUGGCAACCCCCCAGCUACAUCAAUAUCACGAGAUUAGAAGAGAACUUAUUAAAUUCCCAAUUGAAUGUGAUAUAUGGGGGUGUUAGAUCUUAUAGAAACAUGUGCCAUUUCAACUCUGGUUUUUUUUACAAGCAAAAAAGAUUGCUUAAUUAUGAUUGGUAUUUCCGGGUUGAGCCUAACGUGGAGUAUAUGUGCGACUUCCAAUAUGAUCCAUUUGAGUUGUUACGCGUGAAUAAUAAAGUGUAUGGUUUUAUUAUUGCAAUUAGAGAGUAUGAGAAUACCAUACCGACGCUUUGGCAAACAGUUGAACUGUUUAUGCGAGAAAAUCCACACUUGUUGCAUCCCAACAACGCUUUAAAUUUUAUUACAACAAACGAGACAUCUUUGACCCAUUACGUGACACCAGCAGUAACAUCAACCACGCGAUACAACUUGUGUCAUUUCUGGUCCAAUUUUGAAAUAGGCAACUUGAAUUUUUUCCGAAGUGAAGCUUAUGAAACAUACUUUAAAUUCUUGAGUAAAGCUGGCGGAUUUCAUUAUGAGAGGUGGGGGGAUGCACCGGUGCACACAAUAGGAUUGAGCUUGUUAGCUGAUAAGAAUCAAAUACAUCAUUUUGAAGAUAUAGGAUACUUCCACGCUCCGUUUUUAGCAUGCCCACAUUCCGAAGACAUUAUUACUUCAAAGAGAUGUGUAUGCAAAGCAAGAGAUGAAGUUGUUAAUAAGACUAUUGAUACAAAUGUCCACAGCUGUUUGUCAAGAUGGUGGAAGUACGGGAGCGGGAAAAGGUUUUUAAAUGAAAUAGACUACAAACGUUGGUAG